GGAAAUAACUCUCACCAAUUUUGACAACUAAGCGACAACAACAACUCCAACAUAUUUUAUGAAAAUUUGAUGCAGUAAUUUUCUUUUGUUUUUGCAUUCACAUAGACUGUCAAGCUGAUUCGUAAACGUAAACACGUAGUAAACAUGUCAGACAACGAGAUAGAAGACGUGUCCUUUCUGCCUGGUGAAAAUCUUCACAGACGAGCUUUGUACGAACCAAAUAUUAUACAGAAACUACGAAAUGUGGCCUGCAAUAAAGGUAGAGCGGCUGUCAUAGCAACGAUAGCGUGUUUAUUUUUACUCGUUGUUGCCCUAAUUGCUGCAUUAUCGUCCGGUAAUUCGUGUAACGGGACAACACUAGAUACUAAACAACAACAACAACAACCAGAACCUAAAAAACCAGACUAUAUAUCUACCAGUGGUAAACCAUUUCCAUAUAAAGAGAUUCGAUUACCGGAUUCAGUCAUUCCAAUGUCUUAUCAGUUGAAACUCCAUCCAAAUAUAUCUUUGUCAAUUUUCAAAGGCAAUGUGAAAAUAAGUUGUGAUAUUAAAAAGCCCACAAACUUUAUUGUGUUCCAUGUGAAGAAUUUAACGAUUACAAAGUUGGAGGUGAGUGAUGUUAAAUCAUCGCGGAAGGUUCCAGUUUCACAUUGGCUGGAAUAUGUAACUAAUGAACAGAUCUAUGUGAAACUUGACACGAGACUUGAAGCAGGGUCAAAGGUCAUACUGGAUGUGGAGUAUCAAGGAGACCUUGUGAAGAAGUUGGCAGGAUUUUACAAAAGCAUGUACAAGACAAAAAGUGGUGAAGAAAGAUAUAUUGCUACAACUCACUUUGAGCCAACCGAUGCACGUGCAGCAUUCCCGUGUUUUGACGAGCCUCAUCUUAAAGCGACAUUUAAACUGUCAAUGAUUCGAGAAUCAGAUCACAUCGCCUUGUUUAACAUGCCAUUGUUGAAGACUGACGAUUAUGAGAAUGGUCUAAAAGUAGAUAACUUUGAUGAAACAGUUAAAAUGAGUACAUAUCUGGUGGCGUUCGUGGUUUGUGAUUACAAAAAUAUCACAAAAUACUCAAAAAGAGAUGUGAUGGUGCGAGUUUUUGCACCGGAAGAUUCCAUACAUGCAGCAACAUUUGCUCUCAAUACAGCUGUUGAUAUCAUAGAUUAUUAUGAAAAAUAUUUCAAAGUGUUAUAUCCCCUACCUAAACAAGAUUUGAUAGCCAUACCUGACUUUGCUGCUGGUGCUAUGGAGAAUUGGGGUCUGAUUACUUACAGAGAAACCGCUGUACUCUACGACCCUAAAGUGUCGUCUGCUAGAAAUAAGGAGCGUGUUGCUGUUGUUGUAGCACAUGAACUAGCUCAUCAGUGGUUUGGUAACUUGGUAACUAUGGCAUGGUGGGACGACUUGUGGUUGAAUGAAGGCUUUGCCAGCUUUGUAGAAUACAUAGGUAGUGGAAUAGGUCACGAGGACUGGAAAAUGGAUGAUCAGUUUGUGACAGAGACUUUGCUGAAUGCCUUAUACCUGGACAGCCUGGAGAACUCACAUCCCAUAAAUCUUAAAGUUGAUAAUCCAAACCAGAUCAACGAACUCUUUGAUGCAAUUACAUAUGACAAGGGCGCCUCUAUCAUAAGAAUGCUGAACAAUUUUCUAUCAGAGGACGUGUUCAAAGAUGGACUGACAUCAUACCUGAAUAAGUAUAAUUUUAGUAACGCAGCUACCAACGAUCUUUGGGACUCUUUGUCUCAGGCUGUCAAGGAGAGUAAUUCUGAUAUCAAAACUGAUGUGAAAAGUUUAAUGAGGACCUGGACAGAACAAAUGGGCUAUCCAGUUGUCAUGGUUACAAGACAGAAAGGGAGACCAAAAGUUCAUGUACAGCAGGAAAGAUUUCUCCUGUACAAACAGUUGAAUAUAUCAUCACAAUUUAGUUCACCAUUUGGCUACAGAUGGGAAGUUCCAUUUACAUAUUCAACUGCCUCAGAUCCUAACAAGGUUGAGAAGUACUUGCUGAAAGAUGCUUCAGGUUCAUUUGAAGUUGCUGCUGAUAUAAACUGGAUUAAAGGGAACUAUAAGAUGACUGGCUACUACCGGAUGAACUAUGACACAGAUAACUGGCAAGCUUUGAUACGGCAGCUUAAUACUGACAACACAGUUUUUCUGCCAACAGAAAGAGCUGGUAUGAUUGAUGACGUAUUUGCGUUGGCGCGUGCAGGACUUCUCAAUUAUGAUAUAGCGUUAGAUCUGUCCCUGUACAUGGUUAAUGAGGAAGACUACAUACCGUGGCAGACGCUCGUUGAUAACUGGAAGUAUAUUCAACACAGACUUGAGAACCUACCAAUUUACACAAAUUUCAGAAAUGUACAGUUGAAACUUAUAAAAAAACAGCUAGCAGAGAUGACGUGGGAUGACACGGGCAAGAUGUUAGAUAAAUAUCUCAGGUCUACAAUACUGAACCUUGCUAUCAAUCUGAAAGACGAGGCUGCCAUUAAGAAAGGGAGAGAAUUGUUUGAACAGUGGAAAUCUGAUCAUAACAGCAUCAACGUAAACCUUAAGACUGUUAUAUAUAAGACGGGUAUAAUGUAUGGUACAGAUGAAGACUGGGACAAUGUUUGGAACUCUUUCCUGAAGGAGGCGGACGCUUCGGAGAAAAUGAAGCUUCUGAUGGCAUUAGGACAUACAAAAGAAUCACGUCUUAUGUUAAGAUUGAUGAAGUAUAGUUUGAAUGAUACAUUGGUGAGAUCUCAGGAUGCAUUUCGAGUGUUAACCUCUGUAUCAGGGUCAUACACUGGUCAAAUAUUGGCAUGGAGAUUCUUUCAACAAAACUGGAAAACUUACCAAGAAAG